GUCCAGGUCCAGGUCCCGGGCUCUGCAUGGAGAUAAGAGUCCCUGGAAGGAGAGGACCCAGCACUGCACCGUUACUGCCCCAGACCUUCAGCCUGUGAGCAUCACGGUUAAUGAAGAGGACUCACUUGAAGAAAAAAAAAAAGAACCUGACUGUUCUAUUAGUCUUUCUUUCUUCUUCUUUUUUUUUAUUUGACCAAUUUUGAAGACGCUUGGAAUAACUCAAACUUUCCUCAUGUCAUGAAUCACUUGGAUAUAUGUAUCUAUUUUUUUGAUCUUUAUUUGAAGUAAGGCGGACUUCAGUGACAAGACCUGAACUCUGGGAGUUUAUCGUCGCCCGGGAUUAUCCGAAGGCAGCUCGGUGCAGAAGACGCGCUCCUUUCUCUCGCGCGCAGUGCUGAGGAGAGCGGCUCCCUCGCGCUUCCAUAAAUGCCCGGUCCGUCGAAGAGGCUCGAGGCUGGGCAGCAAGAUGAGCUCGUGGGUACAGCUGCUGCUCGCGUUGCUGGCGGCGUUUCUGCGGUUUGGCGUGGCCGAGGGGGACGCGCUGCCUGCAGCCCUGGUGGAGCUGGUUAGAAACAGCCCCAUCUCCUCCAUAGAGGACCUCCAGCUGCUGCUGCUCUCUGACUCCGUAGAUGAGGAAGACGGGACUUCUGCAGCCAAUGGAGGUCACAGACUCCCGAGGAGCCUUGAUGCUCAGCCGGCCCAGCAGGCUCUGUGUAAAGUUCGCACAGAGGUGGUUGAGGUCACCAGGGCCAUGCUGGACCGCAGUAACGCGAACUUCUUACUGUGGCCGCCGUGCGUCGAGGUGCAGCGCUGCUCCGGGUGCUGCAACACCAAAAGCCUGCAGUGCGUCCCGGUGGUCACGCACACCAGAUACUUGCAGGUCAUGAAGAUCGAGUACAUCAACAAAAGGCCCACUUACGCCAAAGCGGUGGUGUCGGUGGUGGAUCAUGUGGAGUGCAGAUGUCAGCCUGCUCCUCGUCCGCCGGCGCCCAAGAAAAAAUCCUCUCGCAGACAACACAACCACCUGCACCGGAACCAGACACACAGCCAAGGACAUUCACAGGGACAGGUCAAAGUGCACUCCAAAGACGAGCUCCAUCAGUGGGAUGAGCUGAAGCACAACCAGAGGAUCCACCUGGAAGACCUCCUGGAGCAGCACUGGAACCCCAGAGGAGACACCUUCACCCAGCUGGAGGAGGGCUACAGUCUCACCGAGGAGGGCGCGGCUCGGUCCGAAGACGCCGUUCUCUUCGCUCCGCACUGGUUUCACAACUCCACCAGUUCUCCUGGGACAACUGAGAGACAGGACAAUGUGGAGAGGAAAGACGAUAAUGUGGGAACUGGGAUGAAGGUGGAGGAUGGUGCUGGAUCACUGCUCACCGGUAUGGGAGGCGAAGGGAACGAGAGAAAUGAAGACACACAAACACACACUCCCUUAUGGCAUGAGGACAAAUCCAGAAUAUCACAGAGUCAUACGGGCGGCGUCUCUCAGCACGUUACGACAAAUCCUCCAGUCGGGUUCAGGCCGACUGAGCAGACCGUCACUGAGAGGGUCGGGACCAGGUUCAGACCCACCAAGGAGCCGAAUCCAGACCCUCCGGGGCAGGCGAGGCGGCGAGAGAACGAGACGCCGGAGGAGAGGAUAUUAAAGAUCCAGGAGGCGAAACUGGAGGAGGAGAAAAGAGAGCUUCUACUCCUGCACAAGAGGCUGGACCAAGAGAAGGAGACACUGAGGCAGGAGCAAAUGAAGCGAGAAGAGGAGAAGGAGGCGGAGAGCCAGCAUCACCAGCAUAAUAAACAUCACCAUCAUCUGCAAACAACCACACAAAGACCAGAAACAACAACGUCAACAAAAAGCACGCCACGUCAGGAAACAGCUCCAGCAGGCCCCAAACUUGUCGCUCGUCCAAAGCAGCAGCGGAGAAGGUUGAGGAAGAACCGCAAACGGAUCAGCAAGGCAGCUAUGAGGGCGAUGCUAAUGUAGAGCCAUGGAGAAAGCCAGGACGCAAAGUGAACAUGGUGCGUGACGUGGAUUAUCCAGCGGUGCCGCCCAGUGAUUCUCUUCCUUUCAGUAUUUAUUCAUUUGUCAGUAACCUGCUCGUCCUGUGAGAUCUCCUCAGUAACACUACUAAUGACUGUCUGGUGAACCUGUAACUACACCUGGAUGGAGUAAGGGAGGAGGAAGAGAGAAGACAAAGGAAUAUAAAUACAAGGCGGACCUUUUUAUUUAGUUUUUAUUUUUAUUUUUUACAAGAAUGCUUUUGCCUCUACAACAGAUGACGGCAUAAAGUAAGAAGUGGCACCCAAAGACUGACCGCGGAUGGGCGUGUGCAGAGCCUGAGGAGGACUGAAACUGCACCGCUGUAGGACUGUGGAGACUCGUGCAAUUUCAGAACACGACUUGGAACCUUUGUUUUGAUAUCAGCAGAGCGAAACUGCACUUAAAUGUUGAGAAAACCCAAGACUUUAUGAGUCUGAAGUUUGUUGCUGAAAGCUUUGACUUUGUGAUAACCACAGAUAGAUCGGAUGAGGAAAAACCUUUGAUGGAGAGAGUAAAAAAAAAACACAAUUUGGAUAAUAUUCUAGACAAUCAUCAAUGGACUGCAACGACAGGGGGAUUUGUAUGUGAUAUCAUUUAUCAGUUCAUUAAAACGAUGGUUUUUUGUCAACCAUAUUUAAUUAUAUUUAACUCAUUGCAAACACUGGAAUUACAUACAAAAAGCAUAAUUUUUUUUAAAGGAUUUUCUACCUAAAAUUUCAUGGCAGGUGUCACAAAAAGACUGUGUGCUAUGUUUCUUAUUUAUUUUUCUCUGUUACUGUGGAUUAACUCUUUACAAAUACUGCAAAAAAAGAUGUCGCUGAGAUACGGAAAGCACAACAAAAAGCAUCGACUGGGUGGUUCAUGCGCGUUUUCUAAAGAUCCAGAACCUUCUUUUUACCUCCCAGUAUCAUGCAGUGUUCGGCCUGUAUGUCAGAAGUGUGUGUGCAUGUGUGUUUGUUUUGUAAGUGUGUGGUGUAAAGUGUGUCUGUGGGGUUUUGUGCCACGCCCACACAGGUCAUGUAUCUUGAUAACAGAUUUGUGUUUUUCUUUGAUAGAGGAAUGUCUCGUCCGCCAAUCGGUAAAAACAAUCAUUCCUUUUAAACUCACAAGACUUUUAUUUUUAUUUUUCAUAAAAGCCCCAACUGUAUUUCUCCCAAUAGACGACAACGCAUUUAUAGGCUUAAUUUACUGGAAACUUAAAUUUGUCAAAACAAGUGAAAAAGUGUUUCUUUUUUUUUUUAUGUGUGUGUGUGUGUGUGUGUGUGUGUGUGUGUGUGUGUGUGUGUUUUCUGUUUCCAAUAGUAACAAGUUUGAAACUUCCCGCUGAUUCCACUUUGUGUUCAAUAAUUCAUAACCUGCCAAACAUCUUAAGUUAUUGAAAAACAUGGCUUUUUUUUAUGUUCUUAAUGUCGAUUCACAACUGUUACUUAAUUCUGUUUGUUUUAUGAUGAGAUGUGAUGGAAAAGGAGAAGUUUUGUGAUAACAAUGCCACAUAAUGCUAUUUUCAUAUGGGUAUAAGAAGCUUAUGUGCUUAAAUUGUCUUUGUUUUGUGGUUUUAUUGCUUUUCACCAAUUUUUAGCCUUAACACUGCAAACCAACAUCCAAUAAUGAAAAUUCCGAUGUUGAGACAGUACAGUUUUCAACGUGUAUAAUAUACAAUGCAUCUUUAAAAAAUGAGAAUAUGCUUAUUAAGGUCAAUACUUUUGAAAGGGUACAGAACUUAGAUCUGGGGUUUCAAACACAGUGUAGUUCAUUUGCACAACACAGGAUCUUGACUAUGACAGACAAAUAAAAGAAUGAUAUAAUAAUAACCCAUAAACAACAAAAACAACCAGACCUACCAACCCCUCUGUUGAUUUAGUACAGACAAGUUAGAGUACAUCAUGAAAAAAAUUGAAUUUAAUGAAAUAUCUUGUGUUUUUUUAAUUAAAUGUUGGGAAAUGGCUCAUUUUAAAACAAUGCAAAUCCUAAAACAAUCAGUGAAAUGACUGAUUUUUUAAUCUGUUGUGUGGAGGAUAGCUAGAAAUGUGUAUAACAUGAACAUAAAACCAAAUGUGUGUAAAAACAUUAUUUUUGCUCCACGAGUCAAAAAAAUGUGACGUUUUCCCAGAACACUUUCUUCUUUUUAGUGUUUGAGAAAAAACACUGUAGAAAAAAAGACAGUGUUGAGUUUCUACAUGUAAAUGCAAACAAUUGAAAAACAACUUGGUAAA